UAAGAAGUAAUCACAAACAUGGCGUCUUCUCCGGUCUACCCCAGUUCGCCAACUGGCACGUUAAAAAGGGACGCCUCGAAGAAAGACUCUGGCAAACUUGGUUGGGUUGGAACACUCACUCGAAGGAAAAAGGGCCAAGAAGUUGAUGAACUUGAGACAGAGGGAAGGCAUGCCAUUGAAUCUCCAACAACACCUAUCACUGUGACUCCAGACACUUUUGAUCUAGAUGAAAAUGAAGAACGAUCAAUGGUGGAGCCUGCUUCACUUGAAAAUAUAAAGCUCAAGGAAUUGAAAGAGGUGCUGCUAGACUGGAUUAAUGACGAACUUUCAGAACAACGAAUUGUCCUCAGAGACAUUACAGAGGACUUGUAUGAUGGUCAAAUUCUUGCGGUUCUUAUGGAUAAACUUGCAGGGAUCAAGCUCUCUGAGUUUGAAGAGGUUACUCAGUCAGUGGAGAGCCAGAAAGCCAAACUGUCUAUUUUGUUGGAGCAUGUGAACAAACUGCUAGGAGUCCCCCAGCAUAGAGCAAAAUGGUCAGCAAAUGCUAUUCAUGGUAAGGAUAUUGUGGCUAUACUUCAUCUGUUGGUUGCCCUGGCUCACCACUUCCAGUGUCCUCGCAAACUUCCUGGAGGUGUCCGAAUAAAUAUGGUGGUGGUACAGAAAAAGGGAGGAAUCCUGCUGCCGAACAGAAUUGUGGAGGAAAUUACAGCACCUAAUGAAGGCGAAGAUGUACAGAACGGUAAACCAGAAAGAGAUGCCUUUGACGCGCUUUUUGACAAUGCCCCUGAAAAGCUGAAUGUUGUGAAAAAGUCAUUGCAAGUCUUUGUCAACAAGCACCUGGCCAAGUUGAGUCUAGAAGUUGUUGAUAUUGAUUCUCAGUUUCACGAUGGUGUCUACCUCAUCUUCUUGUUGGGACUUCUGGAGGGCUUCUUCGUUCCACUCUAUCAGUUUUACAUUACUCCUGCAACCAAAGAUCAAAAGCUCCACAAUGUAACCUUAGCUAUUGAUCUGAUGAGAGACAGUGGAUUGAAGUUCUAUGCCAAGCCUGAAGAUGUCGUUCAUAAGGAUCUCAAGUCCACAUUAAGAAUCCUUUACUGCUUGUUCCAAAAGUACAAGAGCCUCAAGUAGUUCAGACUUCAAUCUGCCAUGGCUUGCAUUUUAGAACAAAGUAGCGACGAGGAAGGAGACUCCAACCUUAUUGUAUUAGUUAAUAUUUAUCACUUGUCUGAGUUGGUUAGAUUUAAUAACUACUCUGCUUAAUACCUUGACAGAAUUCGUCCGAAAUCUCCCUUUCGUUUGGAUGAAGACGGACAAUCAGUUAUUGGUGAAAAAAAAAACAAAACAAAAAAACAAGCAAACAACCAUUUGAACAGGAAAACAUAUAAAAGACAACAAAACUAUGUAAAGGCAAAAUGAUAAUUUUUCUACUCAAAUGUUCCAUUUUUCACUAACAACUCAACAUGUCCACACAAAUGGACCUAUUGACACGUGUAGAGAUAAAUUAUUUGUUGGAAGCCAUUUCCCACGCCGCACGUCUCCGUAGUGCGGCCAGAACGUUUUUUAAUUCACAAUCGUGUGAACACACCCAAGCAUGAUAUGAAAUACUGCCGGAAAUUGAAUAUUGAUUGUGGCGCUAGUUCACCAACAACUGUCACGCCAUCCUGUAACCUUUCUCUACAAUGAUGUGGCGUGACAAACACUUACGACAAUAAUUGAGGGGUGGACAUAUUUCUAAAAUGCGUGGCUUCUUGUAAACAGCCACUUUGUUAAAAAUAUUUUGUAGAUUUAUUUUUAUACAAUAUUUUUUAAUAAAAAUAACUUUGUGUUCGAUUA